GAUGAACUGAGUAACAUCGCAAAAAAGAUACAAGAAAUCACCUUGAAUUAUGCAGUGACAAGACCAACCGCUGAAAGCGGAGAUCGACAGCCCGCUACUAGACCAAGAAGGAACGACAAAUGUUUCCAAUGCGGGAAGAAUGUUAAACAUUACGAAAUAGAAGGGGAUGAUGACUAUGAAAUUGAAGAAUAUGACAAGGUGUAUAAUACCAAUGUAACUCGAAAAGUAGGAAGACCACUCAAGAGGAGAAUAGAACACUCAAACGAUGGGGAAGCUAUCGAAGUGCUGAUUUCCCACCAUGGUACGGAGUCCCUCUUGGAACCCGAGAGCGAUCAGGAAAGUGUAGAGACUGACUUAUUCGACGAAUUCGAAUAUGAGAAAGAAAAAGUAGACGAAAGAGAUGGUUACUAUACUGGCAACGUGUUUUCGGACGAAGAACUAUACGAGAACCCUUGGGAAGAAAUGGAAAGUCCGGCAAUAUACCUCACUAACGUGGAGGAGGUCCCUACGCUAGAAGGGAAAAAAGAACCUGAACUAACCACGAAGGAACGAAUCGAAA